CAUUUCAUCUCCCCUACAUUCUCUCUCUCUCUCUACAAACUUUCUCUCUCUAGAAAUGUCUUCUUCACAGAGGAUCACCGAGUACGAGCGCAAACGCCUCGAAAACAUCAAACGCAACGACGAACUUCUCGCUUCACUCAAAAUCAAAUCAAAGCUCGCUGAUCUAUCUUCCUCUGCCAAGCGCCACAGAGCCGAAACGAAAUCGUAUAAACUUAGUCCGGAGAAGAAAGCUAGAUCCGAAACACCAAUUGUAAUCCGUAGAUCUCUUAGAACACAAGGAAAAGCACCAGAUUUAUCAGGAUUAAAAGAUGAUUUCAGCGAACCAACCAAGAAAUCAACAACCCUAAAAUCACAAGUAAGCCCUAACCAGUCGCCUAAAAAACUAGAGCCAAUUAGUAUGAGAGAUGCGAAUACUUGUUCGGAAUCGGAUGAAUUACUUGUGAAUAAGAUUUUGAGUGUUUGUAAAGGUUCUGGAUUGGAUGGUGAUGGUGAUGGUGAUGGUGAGAGAAAAUGUAGGGUUAGGGUUUCGGUUGAUUUGGAGUCGAUGGAGUUGGCGCCUGAGAAUGUCGCCCGUGUUGUGCCGAAUAGGAUAUUGAGUGUUAAGUUCUUUCCAUCGGCCGGUUUGAGGAUGGUUGUUGUGGGAAAUAAGUUUGGGAAUUUAGGGUUUUGGAAUGUUGAUUUGGAUAAUGAAGAUGGUGAUGGUGAUGGGAUUUACUUGUAUCAGCCUCAUCCAUCCCCUGUGUCAGCCAUUUUGAUCCAUCCAUUUUCCUUAAACAAGAUAAUUACAAGCUGUUAUGGGGGUCUUGUACGUUCAUUAGAUGUCGAAAAAGAGACAUUUGGUCUAGUAUAUUCCACCGAACAUGCAAUUUUUUCCAUGGCUCAACAACCUGAUGAUGCGAACAACUUAUAUUUAGGGGAGGGUCAUGGAGUAGUGAACAUUUGGGAUGAGAGGUCUGCCAGGUCAUCGUUUUCAUGGGAAUUACACGAUUCUAGGAUCAAUACCAUAGAUUUUAAUCCAGAAAACACGAAUAUGAUGGCUACAAGUUCAUCAGAUGGAACUGCCUGCAUUUGGGAUUUGAGAAAAAUUGGUAAGAGCAAGCCAAAAUCUCUUAAGGUGAUUACUCGUGAGAGGGCUGUACAUUCUGCGUAUUUUUCGCCUUCAGGUGACCGUCUUGCUACAACGAGUCUUGAUGAUAAGAUUGGAGUGCUAGGCGGAGCGAAUUACGAGGAUGAAUUCAUGUUAUAUCAUUACAAUCAGACCGGAAGAUGGCUUUCUUCAUUUAAAGGUGUAUGGGGUUGGGAUGAUUCAUACAUCUUUAUCGGAAACAUGAAGAGAGGAGUUGAUGUAAUUUCUACAUUGCAGCAGAGACUUGUGACUACGCUUGAGAGCCCUCACAUGACUGCAAUCCCUUGUCGUUUUGAUCCCCAUCCUUUUUAUCCCGGGAUGCUUGCGGGAGCCACUAGUGGCGGCCAGGUUUAUAUCUGGACCUAACCGGCUGUCGUGUCUAGUAACUUGUAAUUUUGAUGAGAACAUUUCUUUCUAAUAUUUUGUUGGUGUUGAUCUAAAGCAUCUUCCUUUACCUGUUAAGACAAAAGGUGGUUGAUUUUGAGUGUAUUCAACUUUUAGUGAAUGCUAUAUGUUCUAUAGUUUAUCUAAAGCUUCCUA